AUGCUAGACGUCGAUGAUUAUCCUGCAUUGGCCGAGACUAGAGCCGAUCCGUUUCGCAUCCAGCAGUUAUUAGAAUCAGUCGUCAACGCCGAAUUCCACACUGAAUUUAGUGCACGAACAUCUGACCGGGUCAGCUGUUUGCUUACAUGCUCUAUCCAACUUCUGCGCACGGUAAUUGCCGUUUCCGAAGUUGGAGUUUCAGAAAGGGAUGCAAAACGAGCGGCGCUGCUUGCGCUUCGGCAAGAGCUUCACAGGCGCAACCUACUUAAGGCUAUGUUCGACCAUAAAGCUAGGCUGACAGACCUGGAGGAAAUCUAUGAUUAUGCUGCCCAAUUUAUGUGUAUCCCACUAUUUCGAAUUCGCGUAAUUGACGGGGCUCAGAGGUUCGAAGUCACUAUCGAGUUAAAGGAGCAGUCUCUCAGUGCUACCGCCGCCGAUGACUCGUUGAGCGGAGCAGCAAGGCGGGCAAUUCAUGAUUUCAACAAGAAAAGAGCAAUUUUCGUUGCCAUAAAUGAUUGGGCAAAACCUAAUAACAACGUGACUACUUUGUGUGAUUUCAAGGAUUUCCUUGCAUUCUACGAGUCUCUCAGCCCCCAGCGCAAUGCUAUGCGUGUCAAGGUGAAUUCCUCCGCGAUAGGAGAAAACACAUCGGCUUACACGGCUUCUGUAUACUUACAUAACGAGCGGUUUGCAGGUCCGGUCAUCGGUUUCCAGGAAGAACAAGCGCGCAACCUUGCGCUACUCACUGCAGGGGUAAAACUCUCUCAACAGGAUCCAGAUGCUUGGACAAGAUAUACAGGCACAAGGGACAAAUCGCCACCAACUCCGCUAUCUACUCCUCCAAACAUUAUCAAGGAUCUACAGGGCUUGAGGUUACGCUUACAGACUGCCCUCUCCAACCUAGAGUACUGGUCGAGAAAUAAACCAGAUCCACCGAGAGAGAUGCUGGCUCAACAGGGGUCGUCGAACAUACCGCAUCUAGGUUCCAAUGGCGUGCCAGUUCCUCGCCCUGACCACCUUGCAAAUUUAAAGGGCAUGGAUUGCAGCUCUAGCUCACACGAUUUGCCUGUCUAUCGCCACCUCGAAACUAUUGUCCGGAUGGUUGCUGAAAACCCCAUUAGCAUUAUCACAGGCGCUUCAGGAAGCGGGAAAUCAACUCAAAUUCCCCAAAUCCUCUUUGACCACGCCAUUCGAGACGGUUCCGGAACAAAGUGUAAUAUUUUCGUCGUCCAAGACGGGAUAGCAAAUGUUAGAGCAACUGCGCAGCGAGUCGCCACGGACCGUGCUCAACCACUUGGAAGUAUAGUUGGGUAUAGUGACACAGUUGACCCCAAGCUCCCAGUCCUGUCAGGGAGUAUCACAUACCAUACCAGCGAAGUGCUUCUAGAUCUACUCGUUGCCGAGUCGCAGGACCUCUUCGAGACCGUUUCUCAUGUGAUUGUUGAUGAUCUUGAACAGCGAAGUAUUUCAACGGACUUGCUCCUCGCAUAUCUGAAAAAUAAAUUAGCAGAGCGACAAGCCGAAGGGAAGUUGGUUCCAAAGGUCAUCUUGAUGGGCACGAACAUCAAUGUUGAGCUUUUUGCGAAUUAUUUUCGGGCUCUAUCUCCGGGUGGUAGCCCUGCUCCUUGUCCAUGUCUCCAUAUCUCAAUUGAUUCUCACCUGGUGCAAAAGUAUUACUUGAACGACAUACUUGAGCAGUUACGUUCGAGCUACGAUACAUCUGAGCUAUAUCGUUUAUUGUCGGAGCCUCAAACCUCUCAAUUCCUGUCCGACGAAAGCUCUCAAUUCAAAUUGUAUUCGCCGCCAGAUUCCCGGAUGACCAUAUCUGGACCGCGUCCCCAUACCAAACAAUGGGCCUCGUCAGUUUCGGGUAAAUCGGCUCCGCCGUUUCCCCUCGGUUUAGUCGUGGCAACCGUCAACCACAUUCGAGAGACAAGCAAUGAUGGGAAGAUCUUAGUCCUACUUCCAUCUUCGAAUGAGGUUGAACGUUUGAAAAAGUUACUUGAUGAUUCACCCCUCAAAAACGAAGCGAACAAACAUCACUGGAGGGUCUUGACAAAUCCUUUCACGGGCAGCCGAACUCCUUUAUCAUUUAUGGCGUAUUCUCCAACCCGGAGAAUUAUUCUUUCAGCCAGCUUAGAAGGAAGUUUUGCUAUUCCAGAUGUUCGCUUUAUAGUAGACACUGGUCUCUACCCAGUAAAACUAUAUGAUCCAUUGAAACCAAGCACCUCGCAAAUCAAUUGUUGGAUUGAUAAAGCGUCGUUGCAGAACCGAGUAGAGCAAACUGGACGCCACGAAUCCGGAAAAUAUUAUGCGCUAUUUACUAAAGAGAGAGAAGAAACGUUUGACCCUUAUUCAACUCCAGCUAUCCGCCGGCUCGAUUUAGAGCGUGCUUGCCUUGAUGCGAAAACUAUUUUCCCGUCUGGCGGGUUGAUUACCGAUAUCCUAUCCCAAGUAUUAGAACCACCCGCCCCGGAUUGCAUUCAACGAUCGAUCCGUAAACUUCAGGUUACAAAUAUCCUGGACGACGAGGAAACAUUAACUCCAUUAGGACGGAUCAUCACGUCGAUUCCCCUCUCGCCCAGUGCAGGCAAGUUAAUUGUUCUAGGGAUCAUAUUUCGCUGCCUUGAGCCUGCCCUCAUACUUGCUGCGACUAUUGACCUGGCCGAUGAAUUCGGAACGAUUUUCAAUUUCCAAAAUCCUCGAACGCGACGGGUUUCGGAACCUUACAAAGAUUUCAUUAAAGACAGCUUAAGCGACCACAUUGGGGUCAUCAAUGCAUUCAAAGACAUCAGCGAGUCAUGGGCAAAAUUCGGCGCAGAUGUGGCUCGUGACAUGUGCCGAACAAAACAUAUUAGACACCGAAUGUUUCUGCGAGUAUGGGAAUCGGUCCUUCGGCUAGAAAAUAUGCUCUUGGACGCUGGUAUCAUCCCUAAGCCUACUCGAGGCACCGAAAUGGGUGGUACCGCAUUGAACAUAAAUUCUGCUGAACAAGCUCUCAUAAAAGCCCUCUUAACACGUGCCUUAUUCCCAAAUGUGGCAGUUAAAAGGGACUGUCCAGACGAUUUAUGGAGGACGGCAACAUUGGAAGAAGUCCGACGUCGCCCACAAAUGGCCCUUUCAAAACACCUAGAGAGCGGCUCCGUUGCGGUGUUCUCAGCCUUGUUCUCGGCUCAGACUGGCGCCGUCUACCUUGAGAACGCGACAUUCAUUCCGCCUUUGUUGGCGUGUUUGUUUACGGAAAAUUUGAUACAAAAGAAUAAUUUAUUGCACAUCGAAUCAUGGGCGCAGUACAAAUUGCCCAUGAAACACCCGGUUCAUGUGGAUGGCACGCCAACCUCGAAUUUCCACAAGUGCAAAUCUGCUCUGGACAAGUUGAUCGACCUAGCUGUGCAAGACCUUGCCACGUACAAGCUUAAGAGGACCGCCUGGUAUCCUUCGUCGCAGAUUCGACAUCGUACCGAAUCUAGACGAGGACGCAAGCUCACCUAUUUGUCUCCGUAUAUCCGGACAGGUGUUGCGAAGGAGUUAGCCGAAUACUUGGGUAGAUUGUCCACCCCUAGUCCGCUGAUGAGAAAGGGCCCGAUAAAAGAUUCUUCCUUCAUUAGAUGGACUCCAUCAGAGAGUAAUUCACGGCAGAAAACCAGCAGCCCGGCAGGAACCCCGUGA